CUUAAGCGUGUUUGAAACGAGGCUCGAAUUAUAGCCAGUAUUUCUACCGGUUAAGUGCAACCGAGUGAAACUUAGCGAACAUACAUUUCCAGCUCAGUUUCAGUGCUCAAAAAGAAAAGCCCGACUUUUAUUCAAGUCGACGACGCUAAAGCUAGACAGCAGCAGGGUAGCCAGAAAUACUCUUAUGGCUGGUCCUGCACAGAACUAGGUGGGCCAGACCUUCCUAGGUGGGCAUUCACAGCUGGCGGUGGUGCUUCAGCCAAGACAAACAGGGCUCCAGGAUGGAGGUGCUGGACAGCAGGAGGACCGUGGAGGUGCUCAAUGGCAGGAGGAGCAGGGAGGUGCUGGACAGCAGGAGGACCAUGGAGGUGCUGGAUGACAGGAGGAGCAGGGAGGUGCUGGAUGACUGGAGGAGCAGGGAGGAGCUAGAUGACAGGAGGAGCAGGGAGGUGCUGGAUGGCAGGAGGAGCAGGGAGGUGCUGGAUGGCAGGAGGAGUGGGGAGGUGCUGGAUGGCAGGAGGAGUGGGGAGAAGGAGUUGGAUGGCGGCACGGGUUCAGACGCUCCUCUAGGGUUCCAUUACCGCUUCGACGGCGAGGGGCGCCUGGUGCGCUGGGACACGCGGGAGCCCUUCCUCUUCCGCUUCCGGAGGGGCGACGGGUCGCGGAGGCGCGAGGAGGAGCAGGAGGCGCUGGGGCGCUACAUCACCCAGCACGUGUACCGCCUCCUGGAGGAGCAGUGCGGCCUGCGCCGUGUCCCCCUGCCCCCGCCCGGCCGCGCGCCCGUCUUCCUGAGCCAGGGGGCGCUGGCGAGCAGCAGGCCGCUGCUGGUGCUGGUGCAGGACCGGGGCACGGUGCGCAGUGGGCAGUGGAGCUGGCAGGGCAUUGCGCGGGACGGGGUGGGGGCGGGCAGCCAGAUCCCCUACGUGCAGCGGGCGCUGCAGGAGCGCUGGGGCGUGGCCCUGCUCAACCCCAACGAGGGUGGGGCGUCGCCCGAGGAGCACGUGCGCCACGCCUGGGACGGCCUGCUGGCGGGGGCAGCGGCCGGGCAGGUCGCCGUGGUGACGCACGGGUACGGCGGCCUGGCGUUCGUGGACCUGUUGUCGCGGCGACCGCAGGAGCUGCAGCGGCGGGUGUGCGCGGUGGCCUUCAUCGACUCCGCCCACAACCUGUGGCACCAGCCGCUGGGCGGGGCCGCGCGCGAUUGGCUGAAGGCCCACUCCAGGAAGUGGGUGCUGAGCUCCAAGCCCGCGAACCGCUCCGUGGGCUCGCUGAAGGCCGACUGCCCCCAGCUCUCCGCCGGGACGCUGGACCGCCACAGCGCCCCCGCGUCCUGCAUGGACGCCGUGUUCCGCUACGUCACCAAGGCGCUGCGGUCCAAGCCCCCGCCCUUCGGCAUCAUCACCCGCAGCAAGAGCCGGCCUCCUGGGGGAGGGGCUAGGCCCCAGCACGCUAACGCCAACAAGAUCUAGCCAGUGGGAGAGAUGUCUCGCUCAACCAUCCAAUGCACUUGAGCCAGUGGAAGCUUAGGGACCAAUCAGAAUGGGACUGGUGGAGCACCUGUGUAUUUAAACAUCUCCAAUAUAGCAUCCUGUCCCUCUGAGCUGAGUUUUUGUACAGAAUGUAUCUCUCUUGCUCACAAGAAUUGUAAAUGUGUAGCUUUUUUUCUCUCUGUAUCAGUUAUGCUCAAUAAGAUUGUUUUUUUUUUUUUUUUUUUUUUUGGAAAUUGAACUUGAAUUACAAUUCAUUAAAAUACUUAAUGGCAUCUGAA